GAUGUGCGCGUCUUCGCGAGUCUCCACAUCGGUCCCAGAUUCACAUCAGACCUACCACAUCAUUCACACAUCAGACUCUGUAUUGUGAGGAUCUCAGGUUGAAGUUAAAUGUAACCCCAGGACUCUUCGGGCUGGUUGAGGGUUCGAGUCUUCGGCAGAAUGAGCGCGGAUUGCGCGGGUUAUUAUAACGCGGAAAACGUGUUCGUCAGCGCCUUCACCUGCCCCAAACCAGAGAGCGACGCGCACGCGAUCUUCUGCUGCGGGUUCAAUGACGUCAAAUACUGCUGCGACGAUCCCAACAGCUUCUUCCCUUAUGAAUAUGGAUACAUGUGGUGGCUCAGUCUGGGGGCUCUGGUGGGUUUAUCUAUCGCUGCUGUGGUCCUCUUAGCCUUCAUCAUUAUUCUUUGUGUGCUUUGCUACCUGUUCAUCGUCACUAAACCCAGAGGCCUUGACAAUGGACUUCCUCUGCGAGCUCCAGGUUCUGGUCCCAGUCCUCCGGAGGGUCCGAGUCAGUCCAGCGCACCAUCAGGACCGCAGGGUUUCCGCAAACAUUUCCUAAGGGGCAAACUGGACUGUGACAACCAGCCACCUGACCCGGACCGCCUGUUUCAGCGAUGCUUCAUGGCUACGGUCACCACCAUAAAUGUAGAGGGACCUUCAUAAAGGCGUUCAUAUGAAGAGGAUGUUUUAUACAGAGAUCAUAUCGUGGACGAUGUGGUUUGUUGAUUCCUGCUGCAUUUCUCUUACUCUGUUAUUGGGGAAAGUGAAUUAUAACAAAUAAUUUCAUCAUAAUAAGAGAAAAUUUCCCUUAUCUGCAUGAAAGUGUUUGUUUUCUUAGAAACAAACUUUACAAGGAUCGAAACUUUGGCAUAUUUGGCUCUUUGAUAGAAGCUGAACAUAAGAAGUGAAACAUAUAUUUGUAUGUGUCAGUGUUUUCUUGACUCAUCUGAAGUGAUUUGUUUGGAUGUCUCAACAGUGAAUCCAAAGACUGAAACUCAAUGAAAACUCUUUACGUGUUUCAGAUUCCUGCUGUUGGUUUACAAAGCACAUUGCACCAGCACAUCUUCUGUCGUCUGUUGUAAUGCUUUCAAUGGCUUUAAUUCAGCUUUUAGCACUUUUUUAACCAUCUUGUGCUUUUGCUUUAUUGUGUGAAAUAUCAUGUUUUGUUUACAAAUUUGGCACCAGACUUGCUCAAAGUCAUUUUACCGUACGCCACUUUUAGCAUAGCUUAGCACAAUCCAUUGAAUCUGAUUAGACCAUUAGCAUCGCGCAGAAAAUAACCAAAGAGUUUCGAUAUUUGUCCUAUUUAAAACGUGUCUCUUCAGUAGUUACAUCGUGUACUAAGAUUGACGGAAAAUUAAAAGUUGUGAUUUUCUAGGCAGAUAUGGCUAGAUAUAUAUAGUUUAUACUCUCAUUCUGGCGUCAUAAUCAAGGACUUUGCUGCCGUAACAUGGCUGCAGGAGGCGUAGUGAUAUUACGCACUGCCCGAAAAUAGUUCCCUGCUAAUAAAAGUAACCAAGGGGACUAUUUUUGGGCACUGCAUCACUAUCAAAACUCUUUGGUUAUUUUUUAACGUGAUGCUAAUGGUCUAAUCAGAUUCAACGGAUUGUGCUAAGCUAUGCUAAAAGUAAUACUGCCAGACCCGGAGAUUGGCUGAAUGGAUUCCAAAAGGGUAAAAAUCAAAUGUGUUACUCUAGGGGAGCUGGAAAAUGAGCAUAUUUUCAAAAAAGCGGAGAGUCCCUCCACAUAGGGGAUUUAUGAGAUUGACUCUCUAUGGAAGUCUGCCUCUAGUGGCCAGUCAAUGAAUUGCAGUUUAAGUCACUUCACGAUUGAGACCAUUUUAACCGGUCAUACUAUGAGCACAAAGAAAAACCUCAUCAAGUCAUUUCCCGUGGUCUGUGUUUUGUCAUCUGUAAUGUUUUAGUCCUGUUUUACACGUGCUUAAUGUAAACUGAUGAAAAUGCAUUGUAAAUCUGUUUAGCAAUGUAAUAUCUCACAGCAUAGGCCUUUAUUAAGCAACAUGAAAUAAUGGAUUUUUGCACUACUCCAUUUUUUGUAUAAAGUCGUCAGUAAGGCUUGAAGUUUCACAUGCAUGCAGUGGUCAGUACAGCACUUUCUGUACAUUAAAGAGCACCUAUUUCAUUGGUAAAAAACAAUGUUAUUUUUUGUAUUUGCUACAAUGCAAUGUGUUAGCUUAGUUCAUGUUUAAAAACACAUUAUUUGCCACAUACCGUACAUUUUUGUAGCUCCAGAUAUUCAGUUUUCUUCAAACGCUCUGAUUUUGUACAAAACUCAUCGAUCUGAAAUGUGCUGUGUCCAGGGCCGCAUUAAUGCAUGGGCUUAAGCCCAGGGCCCCGAGGCGGGAGGGGGCCCCCAGUGAUGCCGGAAAAAAAUAACAAACGCAUUUUAUAUUAAGCUUAUAGUCUCAUUAAAAUUAUGCAUCAUCGCUUUGCUUUGAAUGUCCGGGUGUGAAUGCAGUUUAUGUGCAAGAAAAUCUCUCCUUACUAAACCAUGCAAUCAUUAGUGAGCUUUAUUUAAAUUUCUGUUUGAAAGCCAUGAUGUAAAGAACAUCACACAAAGAUAUAACAAACCUAAGAAAAUAACAAAUUUGACCCUGCCAGAUACGGAGCCCCUAAGGGGACAUGAAGAAAAAAUUUUAUAAAGUUUAGCGUGCGCACAUGAAACUAUCGCAUGCGCACGUGAAAGUGAGGGUUUCAUGUGCGCACCCGAAAGUUUCAUGUGACAUAUCAUUUGUGAUCGUUACUGUAAAUUAAAAAAAACUAAGCUUUAUAUACUAUUCCUUAAUUUAUAACAAGAAAAACACUGAAAUGAAUGAUUUUAUAGACACUACACUUUAUUAUUUCACACAGAAAUACUGCUUGCUUACCUUGACUUUGAUCAUCUCUAUUCACUUUAGGUAAAGAAACAACUGAUGAUUCUUAGACUAUUUGUUUCAGGGAUCUCUUUUCUAUCAUUUGAAAGUGAACACUGACCAUAAUAUUAAAUCACAAAAGAGACAAUCGUGUCCAUGCUUAAUUAAGUGCAGAUAUUUUUCAUUUCAUCAUCUAAAUAUCAGGAUCAGCUUACCUGUUUUUUAACUCAUCUUUUGACAGGAUAACUCCCUGUUUUGAAUACAUUUUAAAACUUUUACUUGUCGAAAAAAUCAGUUGUUUUAAGAAACACCUAAAUAUGAUCUUAACUAUGACACACAGAGCGCAUUCGGCUAAAUUGCAUGCACCAGCACCAUGGCCAGCACGCAACAGCGCAACAUUGUUUCAACGAAAAGCAAUGCAAAAUUUGCCGACUUAAAUUAAAUCAGAAUUAACUUUUUAAAAAAAAGUGGAUGAAGGGCCCCACAAGAGGUAAAGCCCAGGGGCCCCUUACAGUGUAAAUGCGGACCUGGCUGUGUCCCUGAUUGGCCAGAUCAUCUGUACGUUGUAAUUUCUGGCUGAGAUUUUCAGCAGGUUCUCAGUUUAAAAGCUUAAAGAUACAACGUUUACUACACUGAGCCCCCCUCGAUCACAUGCUGCAGACAUAAGAUCUACAGUGUGAAACAGAACUUAUGUUAGGAGUAUUGCUGCAUUGUCACAAAACUGAGUUACAGCGUCUAAGGGUUUAUUUCAGAUUCAUCUGUUGAACUUAUUAAUGCUCAAUCUACAGCAAUCCUGUGUAAUGUUUGACUUGUUUUUGUUUGUUAAAAAUGUUUCAUACUUACAUCUGUCGGAUUUGAUGAUGAUGUUUGUUUUAUUGAUCAUAACACAGACAUCAUAUGUGAAGAUUGCCUGUCAGUGUGCCUUUUUUAAGGAAAGCGUGAUAUAAAAUGUUUCAGCAACAGUAUUGGGGCUGUUUAAAAUCUUAGUGGACUGUAGCUUUUGUAAAAUUGCAUGAGCAUUUGUUUAUUUCUGUGAUUGAUUUUAUCUCAUCAAAAAUGAGGC